AUGCUACGCCGUGCGGGGAAUCUUCUCAUGAGCUGGCCAACUAGUAAAAGCGGGAUAGGCGUUACAAUUCAUGUACUUCCAGAAGGCAGGAUGACGAGGCACGCCAGGAUGAUCGGAAGCCGGAAGAGUGCAGCCGCCCCAUCGAACAUGGAGCACCCUCCAGCGCCCUACUUUAGAGACUGCCUCUCAGCGACAGAUCUCGACCUCAACAUCGAAGUUAUCCACAGCAUGGUGUCCAAAGAAGGUUUCUACCACUUCUGCAGCACCCUCAGCCCACCCAUACCUGACAUCAUGCACCACAUCCCUUCGUUCGACACACACCAGUGCACAGUCAACAUCACCAUCAAUUCUUUCAACACCGAACUCUCAAAAGAAGCGGGGGCGAAAUUCUUUUCUUCAAUCAGACGUCCCUGGCCAGAAGGGAACAACCAACUGGCAAAGGCAGAGGAGAUGGGAGGCAACAGCGAUCCUGGUGCAGCUUGGUUCUUCCAGGUGGAGGUCCGAUUGAACAAGGAAGGGUUCUUGCAGCAGUUCCAGGACGACGUGUUCUUCAGUUACAUGAAGUUGAAGCGGCAGGAGAUCAGGAAUUUAGCGGACAUUAUUGUGAUCAUGCCGGGCAUAGUGGUGUACGAUGAACAGCGAUAA